CGCUGCCGGGCGGAGCAGGCAGGCAGGUAGGGUUGGCGUCGAGAAGAACCAUGGUGGUGGCUUGUGGGGUGGCGGCAGCAACGGCGGCGGCGGCGGCAACAGUGAUAUGGUAGUGGAAAUGGUGACGAUGGUGGUGGUGAGUGACCGACUGCGCAGACCCCAAAGUCUCGCAGCCGCGAGUACGUAGUCAAACUCCGGCUCAGUAAGGACUGUGGUCCCCGUUUGCAGUGCAGUUCGAAAUCUCCGGGAGCGACCGCGGUUCUUUCGUUUUUCCUCUCUUUCUCCUCUCUUUCUCUCUCUCUCCCUUCCUCUCCUUUUCUCCCUUUCUCUACAAGCUCCCUCCCGUCUUUCUCUCUGUCUUUUCUCUCCUCGCCUAUCAUCUAUCAUCGUCUAUCUUCUCUCCUCCCUACUCCUAUAAGCAUUCCCUUUGCUCACAAAAGCGCUUCCUUAACUUUUUUACCCGCGGUUCGUCCGUCACCACGCACUCCGCACGCGAUCAUCACGCGCGGCGAGCUAUUCGGGAUCGGUGACCGAUCUACGAUUGAUGGAUACGAGCGAAAUUUAUUGGACAAGCUCCGGCAAUCCAAGGUGUCUUUAUGGCGAGUCACGUGGAUCGGCAAUCCGGUGAUUCUAGAGAAUCUCAUUAAUUCGAUUGGAGCCGAGUGCGCGCUAUGAGUCGUGCGUGUUCCGUCUGAUCGUAUCUGGGAUGUCUGUCACUGGACAAGUUCAUCGGUCGACUACGCAGACUACGGGGAUCACGGGGUGAAUCUGACGAGUGCGUGAGCAAAAAUUCGCUCGGGUGUAUCGGGUCGAUGUGCACGAGUCCGAGGAAACUCACUGACAGUUUGCGUCGCUCGGUGGUAGUUCCAGUCCGGAAGAAGCUCAUAUGGAAUGGCAUCACAUGGGCCGUCGCCGCCGUCGACGCUGCCGAUCGCGAUAGCGAUGGUCGCCGUGAUGACAGCUGUGGCUAGUGGCCUCUGCCCGGCACGAUGUCGGUGCGACGAUGAGAGUCUACGCGCCUCUUGCGCUCACGCCGAUCUCGAGGUCGUGCCGAUCCAAUUGAACCCGGAGAUCCGUCACCUGGAUCUUUCCAAGAAUCGCGUGACCAGCGUGCACCUCACCUUCGGUUUCUACGGGAAUCUCGAGAGCCUCGAUCUCAGCUCGAAUCUCAUCCACACAUUGGGCCAGGAGAAUUUUGGUCUGCAACAAAACUUGCUCGCGCUAAACGUCAGCAACAACGCGGUUCAUACACUAGCGAAGAAUGCUCUGCGAGGACUUACGUCCCUGAAGGAAUUGAAUCUGGCUGGCAACAACAUCUCGCACAUGGACGAGCAGGCGUUCAAAUACACCAGCGAGCUGGAAGUGUUGAAUCUGAGCGACAAUUCGAUUACGAGUCUGCCUGACGACCUACUGACGAAUCUGCACAAGAUACGGACACUGAUCCUAAGCGAGAAUUCGCUGUUGGAAAUACCGACGAAUAACCUGGCGCUAGCGCCAAGUCUGGAGCGAAUAGAUAUGUCGUAUAACUUGAUACUGGAACUCAAUCGAGACUCCUUGCCGUCAUUACCAUCGCUGGUCUCCCUAAAUCUGUCGAACAACGUCAUUAGAGGCAUCGCCGAUGUCGCCUUCGAUCGCCUGCCGGAUCUCUUGUAUCUGGAUCUAUCCGGGAACAAUCUAACGUCCGUGCCUACGGCCGCCUUGGCCAGACUAAGCGUUCUCACGAGCCUCGUUUUAAGCACGAAUCCUCUCGGGUUUUUAGAGGCCGUGGCCUUUCGCAAUCUCUUCGAGUUGAGGAGCUUGGAACUGAACGACUGCAUGAUCGCGAGCGUGAACGCACGAGCGUUCGCCGAUAACGUGAACCUCGAGCGCAUCUCGAUGGACGGCAAUCGAGAAUUGAGGGAGCUACCAGUACGUGUCUUAUACGGGGCUCGAUACCUCAGGUGGGUCUCGCUACGCCGAUGUAGCCUGGCGACUCUGCAACCGACGCAAUUUCCGGUCGACGGUCUAUCCCAUUUGCGUGUCGGCGGCAAUCCUCUCGUGUGCAACUGCUCGGUCCACUGGCUGUGGAACGUGAUUCGCGCCGAGGAGCGACGUAACGAGACGCGGCUCGAACUGGAUACCCACGACAUCGUCUGCAGCGAUGAGGAAUUCGCCGGCAAGGAGCUGAUCGCGCUAUCCGAGGGUUCCCUACGGUGUCGCCUGAGCCCGCUGUAUCUAUCGCUAUCGGCAGCCGGUUGUCUAGCGGCGGCCGCGACCGUGCUCGCCCUGAUCGCGCAUGUCACCCGGGCGAAGAGGAAGAGACGCUCGUCGCUAGCGUACGCCGCGCCAAACCGUCCCGAAUUUCUCGUCUACGUAGGUAGGAGCGACAACGGGCUGGACAAGAACGCCGAGUCGUACAGCCGCCGUCUGUUGGCCAGGAACAAUGACGAUAUGUCGUACGAUUCGCCGCGGGGCAAGAUGGCGGCGGCUGCUACGGCGGAGUGCAGCCCGCAGUCGCAGGACACGAACAUCUACGAGACUCCGCGGUACGCCCGGCCCGGGCAUCGCGACCUCGUAGAUCCUUCGUACGGGAAGCGGCCGACGGAGGAAGGGGUGUACGCGGUGGCGGACGUGACCGAUCUGCGGGACGAGCCGCCGGAAGUGCUAUCGCUUUAUCGCGCGCAAAGCCCUUCCGCCCGAUCGAACGCUCUGCGACGGUUGGACUACGGUUACGAUUACGAGUACGAUUACGAUUACGAGCCGGCACAUCAGUCGCCGCCGCCGCCACCGCCGCCGCCGCCGCUUUCCGAGAAACCGCACGUUGUCUUUGUGUGAGGGGGACGCUCGUGGGUCCAGCUAUAGCCGUAAUCAGCGAAUUCGGGGAUAGUCUAGUCGUUAAGGCGAACCGGAUGCGCCACCAACUCCGUAUCGCGAGCUUUUAACGGUCCAAAACGUCUCGGGAUUAUUGCCUCGACGACGCUCAGUGUCUUGAUUACUCGAGCGUCACACUGCGUAUGUGAUGAGAGGACAGUGGUGUAUAUUGCGGGGAUGGUGCAGAAAGGUUUGCACCAUCGAAGCUCCACGACCGAUCGUUAAAUUUCCACAAACAUAAGAUAUCGCUCUGAAAUAUUUGCUUCGGCACUACCGUUGUUGUUGGACACGCUACGUCUCAUCGCAUACCAGGACCAACAAAUUGCACGUUGUAUAUACACGGUUAAACGUUUGAGCAAUAGUAAUUCGUUAAGUUCGUUCGACGAGCACGAGGAUAGAGAAUAAGGAAAAGAAAGAGAGAAGAAAGGAACAACGUCCAACAUUGUUCCGAACAGUUUGCAACCGCGGUAAGACGCGAGGGUGGCGUCAAUGUAAAUGGACAUUACUUUCCACUUGCCUCUUGAGAAUGAUCGAUAUCCCAUCGCCGUCGGAAAAGCGGAUUAUCCUGAAAUUCUGUUGCUCGAGCGCGAAUGUGCCGUGUUUCGCUCGUAAGAAACUGAAGCGAGUUACGGAGCGCCCGUGACGCGACACGCUGAAAUUAUACCCCUAGGACAAACAGAAGCAACCGUGGACGAGUGAAAAUGAAAUGUCUUCCGAGAUAGUUGCGUCGCUGCUAGAGAAAGAGAGGGAGAGAGAGAAAGAGAGAGAGAGAGAGAGAGAGAAAGAACGAGAGAAAGAGCAAGAGAGAAAGAGCCAGGAUGCAUUCUCACUCUGAGGAAACACAAUCUGACUCGGAAUGUGAAUCGUGCGGGAACGUAAGAGAGUACGUUAUAUUAUACUUGGAUCGUGGAGAGAAAGAAGCAAAGAGAGAACGAGAAUCCGUAUUUAUUUUCGAGAAUUGUGAAUUUUGAAAUCCGCUGGCUCAGUGCGAAUGCAAUGGCCCGAUUUUGCUAGACGAACGUUCAUUUCGCGUCGGAUUCGUUUGAACGUAGUGACAAAUCAAAUUAAAGCUGCGUCGCGUGUUAGUCGAUUAAAGGUCCUCCUAGAGAUUACUGCUAGCUACCUAGAGAUUAAUGCUCUUUGUAAAAAGUCCGUUCCAGGCUGAGAAGCUUUUCCGGCUCGAGGUUUGCAAUUAAACUAUUAUCGACUACAUCAACCGCGACUUAAUAAAUGUAUAGCGCUCUUAUCAAAUUCAUUUUUUAGAAUCCAACUAUUCGAGUAUCUGGAUUCAAAUAAAUAUAUAUGUUUCUGUUUGAUUAUUUAA